AUGUUAGCGAUGAAAAACCAGACUUUGACUGAAUUUAUCCUGCUGGGACUGACAGACAUCCCGGAGCUUCAAUUUAUCAUUUUCACGCUUCUCCUCCUUGCCUACAUGUUUGGCAUCUUAGGUAAUCUGAUCAUCAUCGUCCUGACGCUACUGGACUCCCAGCUCCAGACUCCCAUGUAUUUCUUCCUCAGGAACUUCUCCUUCCUAGAAAUUUUCUUUACGUCCACUUUUACUCCUAGACUGCUGUUCAGCAUCUCAACUGGGAAUAAAACCAUCAGCUUUGCUGGAUGCUUCACUCAGUAUUUCUUUGCCAUAUUCCUCGGGGCCACAGAGUUUUACCUUCUGGCUGCUAUGUCCUAUGACCGCUACGUGGCCAUCUGCAAACCCCUGCAUUACACCACCAUCAUGAGCAAGAGGGUCUGUAUCCAGCUGGUUCUCUGCUCUUGGUUGGGUGGAUUCCUAAUCAUCAUAUCCCCAAUCAUCCUGACCAGUCAGCUGGACUUCUGUGACUCCAACGUGCUGAAUCAUUAUUACUGUGACUAUGGACCCCUCAUAGGAAUAGCUUGCUCAGACACAAACUUACUUGAGCUGAUUGACUUUAUCUUAGCAGUGAUGACCUUGGUGGUCACCCUGGUGCUGGUGAUUCUCUCCUAUGCAAACAUAAUCAAGACCAUUCUGAAGCUCCCCUCUGCUCAGCAAAGGAAAAAGGCCUUUUCCACAUGUUCUUCCCACAUGAUUGUCAUCUCUCUCUCUUAUGGCAGCUGCAUCUUCAUGUAUGUAAAACCUUCAGCAAAAGGAGUUGCGUUCAAUAAGGGAGUAGCUGUGCUCAACACUUCAGUUGCCCCUUUUCUGAACCCAUUCAUUUAUACUUUAAGGAAUAAACAAGUAAAACAAGCCUUCGAGAAUGUGACCAGAAAAAUAGUGCACCUUUACUCAUUCUAA